CGUUGGAAGCUUACUCCGACUCCAUUACUGCGUUCUCCAACUUCUUCUUCUUGUUCUUCGUCUUUUUCGUUCUCAUUUCUGAAAAUUUUUGUCUGCAUUUGGACGCAAAAGGAAUUGGAGUUUGGAGGAAUGGCAAUGGCGGAAUCUGGAGGGUGGAUUCGUUUGUUUCUUCUCGUGGUGUUCAUGUUGUUCGUCGGAGCAAUUGCCAGAGUUCCCAAAGAGAUUCCUGAAAUUCAUAAUGAGGCAACCGGGAAGUUGCAGAGCUCAAGCAACUCAUCAAUGGCAGUGAGGUUGGAGGAGCCUGAGGCUGAGACUCCUGGCAAUAAGCAUGCCGUGGACAACCCAGACGAGAUCGCUGCUAUGGUUGACAUGAGUAUCCGCAAUGCCACUGCGAGGAGAGAGCUUGGUUUCUUCUCGUGUGGAACCGGCAAUCCUAUUGAUGACUGCUGGCGCUGCGACCCCAAUUGGCAACAGAACCGCAAACGUCUAGCAGAUUGUGGCAUUGGCUUUGGCCGAAAUGCCAUUGGUGGUCGUGAUGGUCGAUUCUACGUCAUCACUGACUCUGGCGACGAUGAUCCUGUCAACCCAAGGCCUGGCACUUUGCGACAUGCCGUUAUACAGGAUGAACCUCUCUGGAUCGUGUUCAAAAGAGACAUGGUGAUACAGCUGAAACAGGAGCUGAUCAUGAACAGUUUCAAGACAAUUGAUGCACGUGGGUCCAACGUGCAUAUUGCUAAUGGAGCUUGCAUCACAAUCCAGUUUGUGACCAAUGUUAUUGUCCAUGGUCUAAACAUCCAUGACUGCAAGCCCACUGGAAACGCCAUGGUAAGGAGUUCACCCAAUCACGUUGGGUGGAGAACAAUUGCUGAUGGGGAUGCCAUUUCCAUUUUUGGGUCAAGUCAUAUUUGGAUUGAUCACAAUUCCCUCUCUAACUGUGCUGAUGGCCUCGUUGAUGCUGUCAUGGGAUCCACCGCAAUUACCAUCACCAACAAUUACUUCACCCACCACAAUGAGGUGAUGUUAUUGGGGCAUAGUGAUUCUUACGUUAGAGAUAAACAAAUGCAAGUGACCAUUGCUUACAAUCACUUUGGAGAAGGACUCAUCCAAAGAAUGCCAAGGUGUAGACACGGAUACUUCCAUGUAGUGAACAAUGAUUAUACUCACUGGGAAAUGUACGCCAUUGGUGGAAGUGCAAAUCCAACCAUCAACAGCCAGGGUAACAGAUAUGCUGCUCCAACCAACCCUUUUGCAAAAGAGGUGACCAAGAGAGUUGAGACAGCUGAAUCUGAGUGGAAAAACUGGAAUUGGAGAUCAGAAGGAGACCUAUUGAUGAAUGGUGCCUUUUUCACUCCAUCUGGUGCAGGGGCCUCAGCAAGCUAUGCUAGAGCCUCAAGCUUGGGAGCAAAAUCUUCAUCCAUGGUUGCUACCAUAACAGCCACCGCCGGUGCACUUUCCUGCCGGAGAGGCCAUCCCUGCUAGCAUUCAGAUCCCUUUGCCGAUCACAGAACACCCCCUCUAUAGUUUUUCUGUGAAUUUUUCAAAUAUUUACUUACAAAUAGCCUUACCUUACCUCAAUCUCCAUAUUCUAUCUCCUCUAUCAUAUCUAAAAACAAACAAGUGUACAUUUUUAUCUGUCUCAUUACAGAGACGUUUCCCAUUCAAACACCAUCCCAGUUUGCUGUUUGUUGAGACACCCUGAAAUCGCUCAACCUCGGCCUGCUUCAACUUCAAAAACACACCAUUUGCCAUUCAGCAAGCAGGUGCGGAAGCGUUGUUCUUGUGUUCAUUUAUUCCCCACUUUUCUUCUUCCCAAUCCGUUGCUCCUCUUCCUUCAACUAUCAUUCUUACCCACUAUGUCUACUAUCUUCUGGUUCUUAUAGGACCAGAAUCAUUUGAGUGUUUUAUUUACAUUUUCCUUCCUUUUUUGUAUUUUUUGUUCUUUUUCUUUCUUUUUACACUUUGUUCUGUUUUGUGAUACAAUCUCUACACUAUGUUUGUCAAACAUUUAAUUAUCAAAGCAAAAGUUUGCUAAAGAUGAUAGCAAAUAUUUGUUGAUA